GAAACAUUAAAUACCGCUUAAUUUACAUGUAAAUAUGUUUAGAAUACUUAAUAUUGCAAUACUUUUGCUUGCUUUUAAUGAAAUAUAAUUAGAACAGAACGUUAACUUGUUUUUUUUUGUUUCGCGGGCGGUAGCCUCGUUGGUUUAGCCCAGCCAUAGACUAUAAGAAAAACUGGAUUAACUUUCUGAACGUAUAUAGCGAAUGAAAUAAACAAAAACAACUGUCCGCUGUCAAUAUUCAUUCAAGUUGUCGUAAUGUCAUAUAUAAUCAUUUCUCAAAAGUAAGCUUUCGAGUUUCGCCCUUUGCUGCAUCCUUCCCUUUGUUACUAUCAAUAAUAUUUUUGGUGUUGUCUUCUACUAACUUUUCGACUUUGGCAUAAUCUUCCGGAUAAAUUUGUGCUUAUUCAUAAUAAACAAACAGUAUCUUCAUGGCUAAUGAUCGAGAGGUUCUUCGUGAAAUAUGGGACGGAAAGUUGCCGAUUUGUUUUCAAUUAGCGCAAGAAGAAAUUAUGGAAAUACAACAACCCGAUGCGUUUUAUGUUAUGGUACCAAGAUUGAGCUACUUUCCACUUGUAACAGAUAAGAUGAAAAGACACUUCUUGCGUUACAUCUCUCAAGAAAACUCUGAUAGUGAAAUGUGGUUGGAUUAUAAUGGUCAGCCUCUCAAAUGGCAUUACCCAAUAGGUUUUCUUUAUGAUCUCUAUUGUGGUAAUGACCCUCAACUACCAUGGCAUCUAACUGUGCACUUCACAAAGUUCCCAGAAGAUGUCCUACUUCAUUGUAUAAACAAGGAUGUUGUAGAAGCACAUUUUAUGUCAACUGUGAAAGAGGCUGAUGUUCUGAAACACAGAGGGCAAGUCAUGUCCACGAUGCAGAAGAAAGACCAUAAUCAAUUAUGGCUAGGUUUACAAAAUGAUAAAUUCGAUCAAUUUUGGGCCAUAAAUAGAAGACUGAUGGAAUCCCACGGAGACAGUGAGGGUUUCAAACACAUUCCUAUUAAAUUGUACUCAGAUGAUGGAACAUGCAGUCAGCGCCUAGUUAGUCCUAAGAACAAUGAUGGCAGUAGGAAAACAUUGCAACAGAUGAUUGCAGAGUUGUAUCCAGAUAAACUUGAUGUACAACUAAGAACACAUGGGAUAGUAAUUCCACCUGACACACCUCUACAAUGGCUUUCUGAACAUUUGAGUUACCCAGAUAACUUCCUCCAUAUGUGUGUCUUUUAAAAACUAAAUUAUAUGCUUUAUUUCCUAAGCCAUAAGAUAAAUUGUGAUGCAAUUAAAUCAAAGACAUGGUAGUAAUGAAUGGUUUUAUUGCCAAAUAGUCACUUUUAGUGAAUAUAAUUCAACAUUUACAGAGAGAGAACAGUCCUUACACAAUACACCUUGCAAAUAAACUUUAUCUAACUUAAUUUUUUAUUUACAUCAUUGUUAGUUUAUUAAUACGAUAUUCAGGUUAACAUCAAGACUCCCAA